CCCGGAUUUAUUUAUCUCUGCCCCCACCCCGGCUUUAAGCUGCGCCGCGUCCUGUGCCCACGAUGAAGCGACCUUGCGAGGAAACUACCUCAGACAGCGACAUGGACGAGACUAUAGACGUGGGGAGUGAGAACAACUACUCGGGGCAAAGUAAUAGUUCUGUCAUUCGAUCAAAUUCCCCAACAACAACAUCUCAGAUUAUGGCCAGAAAGAAAAGAAGAGGGAUUAUAGAGAAAAGGCGCCGUGAUCGUAUAAAUAACAGUUUAUCAGAGCUGAGGCGGCUUGUGCCAACUGCUUUUGAAAAACAAGGAUCUGCCAAAUUAGAAAAAGCGGAAAUACUGCAAAUGACAGUGGAUCAUCUGAAGAUGCUGCAGGCGACGGGAGGGAAAGGUUAUUUUGACGCCCAUUCCCUGGCCAUGGAUUUCAUGAGCAUUGGUUUCCGGGAGUGCUUGACAGAAGUCGCGAGGUACCUGACGUCGGUGGAGGGUCUCGACACGUCCGACCCCCUGCGCGUUCGACUCGUCUCCCACCUGAGCACCUGCGCCUCUCAGAGGGAAGCCGCCGCCAUGACCUCCUCCAUGGCCCACCACCACCACCACCACCCCUUGCACCCCCACCACUGGGCGGCCGCCUUCCACCACCUCCCGGCGGCUCUGCUGCAGCCGAACGGACUCCACACCUCCGACGCCGCCCCGUGCAGACUCUCCUCCGACAUCCCCCCCCACGGCUCCGCGCUGCUCACCGCCACCUUCGCCCACGCCGACGCCGCGCUCAGAGUCCCCUCCGCCGGCAGCGUCGCUCCCUGCGUCCCUCCUCUCUCUACCUCCCUCUUGUCCCUCUCGGCUACCGUUCACGCCGCCGCCGCCGCGGCUACGGCCGCCGCCCAGAGCUUCCCCCUCUCCUUCACCGGCGCCUUCCCCAUGCUUCCCCCCAGCGCGGCCGCCGCCGCCGCCGUGGCCGCGGCGACGGCCAUCACCCCUCCGUUGGCCGUAUCGGCCACCGCCAGCCCUCAGCAGGCUGGCAGCGGGGGCGGCAAUAAACCCUACCGACCCUGGGGGACCGAAGUCGGAGCCUUUUAG